UUAAGUAGACAAAAGUUUGUCUACCUUCACGCAUUUCUCUGGACCGAGAUCGAAUUCAUUUAAUAGUUUCAUCCUAGGUGUUGAGAAACUAUUCGCAAAUACCGCAAUGAGUUCGCCUCAGCGACUAUCAAACUAUGCCGCCUUUACACGCCCUGAGACCGGUAUCAGCCAGAUCGGUCACUUAGAUGUAGAGAAAGGCACUAUCCAGCCUUUAAGCCUCCUCUCUGGCUACUCCAUCAAAGACCUCUAUCAGGUUAUUGAAGCCGGGCCGUUGCAAAUAACCGCUUCCGGUCCCGCCCUCCCCCUCUCAUCUGUCAAGCUCCUGGCACCAAUUUCGGGUCGCGAUGUGUUGGCUGUAGGCAAAAACUACAUGGAACAUGCGAAAGAAUUCAACGCCUCGGGGUACGAUAGCUCAGACAAGGUUGACCGGCCAAGCCAUCCCGUCAUCUUCACGAAGCGCGCAACCUCUAUUAUUGCGCAAGGCGAAGAUAUCUUCCUCCAUCCGGAGUUUUCGAAGAGUGUGGACUAUGAAGGAGAGAUUGGAGUGAUUGUUGGUAAGGCGGGAUUCCGGAUUCCUAAAGAGAGGGCCAUGGAUUAUGUUUGGGGAUACACUAUUAUCAACGACAUGACGGCGCGGGAGAGACAAAGAGAUCAUAAGCAAUUCUAUAUUGGAAAAUCGGCUGAUACAUUUUGCCCAAUGGGUCCUGCUGCAGUUCCUAAAGAAAGCCUUCCUUCGGUGCUGCGAGUCCAGACCCAUGUCAAUGGCGAGCUGCGACAAGAUGCAACGACUGAUGAUUUAAUUUUUGAUAUUCCUACAUUGAUAAACACGCUUUCUGAGGGACAGACAUUGGUGCCUGGCGAUGUAAUUGCUACUGGAACGCCUGCUGGUGUUGGCAUUGGACGAAACCCACCUGUUUUUCUUAGAGAGGGAGAUGAAAUUGCAGUUACUAUUCCUGGGAUCGGCACACUACGUAACAAAGUCACCGCUUAUAACGCAACCACCGAGCAUCUCGCUUCACAAUCUGUCUUCAGCCUUAGUAACGCAACACGCUCCGUUGGCGCUACCGCUGGAUUGACCGAUAUUAACGGCAAGCUUCUACACUACAAACAUCUCGGUUCUGGGGACCACGACAUCGUCUUUGUUCACGGCCUAGGUGGUACUGCGGAAUAUUUUUCUCCCCUUAUAGCUGAAAUGGGGCUUCAAGACGUGGCAUCCCUGCACCUGUUUGACUUUGAAGGCCACGGUCUUAGCCCUACUCACCCGUUGAGCGUCUUGACAGUGGAUUCUUUGGCGACUGACCUCGCUGGCGUAUUUUCGCACGCGGGCAUCACCAAAUCAAACCCCGGAACACUUGUUGCACAGGCAAUGGGCUGUAUCGUUGCCUUGAAAUUCGCUCUUGAUAAUCCCGGCUUGGUGAAGAAGCUUGUGCUUUUCGGUCCGCCGCCUUUUCCACUCUCUGAGGCUGCUAGAAGAGUGUUGGAGGAGCGUGGCGGGCUCAUUCGCACAUCAGGAAUGGGAGCUGUGGUUGACAAGAUUGUGCUUAGCAGCACGUCUGAGCAUACAAAGAAGACGAAUCCCCUUGCCAUCUCGGCGAUUCGACUGAGCUUGCUUGGACAAGAGCCAGAGGCAUUUGCAAAGGCCUGUAGUGCCUUUGCUAGGGAUGAAGCACCGCUGCCGGUCGAGAAUCUCGCCGUACAGACGAUGAUUGUGACUGGAAGUGAGGACAAGGUCUCUUCGCCGGAUGAGUAUGCCAGAAGGAUCAAAGGGGCAAAAGUUGCAGUAUUGCCGAAUAUUGCCCAAUGGCAUGUAUUUGCGGAUGUGAAGAGAGUCUCGGAUAGCUUGAAGUCGUUUCUAUAACGAGGAAGAAUCGUUUACACUUGAGCACACCUAGUUAUUGCAAACUGCAGCGUAGCAUGAGUAUAACACUGAGAGGGAUAUAGAGCUAAACAUGCACGUAUUAUAACUGCUUAACAGG